CUUGACUACCUGAUAAGCCUAGGCUUAUCGGGUAGUCGACUACUUGACUAGUCACUUAUAUCCCUACUAUAGGCAAGCAAGCGGUUUAGCCUGAUCAGCUACAUUGAUUUGCAAGAGUGAAUAAGAAAUAAUGUGUUUAAUUUUCUUCCCUUUCACCCUGCGCUUGUGGGAAGCACCAGCCUUGCUUGUGGGACCUUGACCGCUGUGGGAGAUUAGCCUGUGGUUGCCUUCCCCACUGGAUGUUCUGCUGUUAUGGAGAAGGAUCCUCUAAAUUGCUGCCCUACUGUGCCACUGCCAGUGGAAAUGUCAACCCACAGGAGUAGUCUCCCCACCUGGUCUGGCUGCCAGUGAGGAGGAUUGCGGGGGAGAUGGUAAUGCAGGAAAGUCACAGCUGACCCGUAGGGGAGAGUGUUUGUGCUUGUGGCUUGAGGUUGCCCUGGCAUUACCCUGCGCCCCUUGAGAGGAAAGCAUGAAGGCCGGUACAAAUGCAUAGGGGCUCGGAGGCCAUCUGGCUACCGACAACUAUUAACGUACUUUGUUUGACAAUGAACAUGACUUGGGUGCCUUUGUAUCUUACCUGAGUCUGUAGUCUUUGGGCAUGCUAGUGAAGUCUAUUCUGCUAGCUACCUGCUAGUUUGAAACCUCAUCCUUGACCAGAAAGCACUGCAUCAGUGACAUGUCUGACACCUGCACAAUGGUCCCAUGCAUAUUAUCACUGUUUCAUGUGUGGGGAAACGGAGGCAGGGAGAUGGUGGAACUUGUCCAAAGCCACAGAGAAAGCGCAUGUGUCAGAACUGGGAUUAGGCCUCUGAUUCCCAGUCUUGUGCUCUAGCUCCUGGUACAUAUCUCUCAGUCUCUCAUUAUGUCCCCAUGUUCAGCUCCCCAAGUGGGAAGGACCAUAUCUCUGCUAGAUUAAAUUAACAUAGCUCCGCUAGGUUGGCUGAAAGAUGUCUGUGCGACAUGAAUGGAGUGACACCAGUUUACUCCAAGAGGGGAUUUGGUCCACUGAGUUCAACAUACAAUGCUGUAGAAGAGAGAUCUGCCUGACUCGAUCAGGUUCGUAACAAGGGCGGGGCAAGUGGGACACUCGCCCGAGGUGCAUCAUACUCAGGAGCGCUAAGAUACAAUACGUAAAAGUAAUAAGCCGCAAAAGAGUGCGACACGGGCUAACCCAAGGAGAGGGGGUACGUCAUUCAUAUUUUGCCCCAGGCGCAAAAAUACCUAGUUACAGCGUUGGACUCGAUCCCUGCAUUCUUAUCCUCUCGUUUUACCUUCUCCCAGUUCCAUCCUGUGUCCCAUCCUCCCCUCUAAAUUUAAUUACAAUUCUAGUUCCUGCAUGUUGCUGUUAUGGUCUCAGUCCUGGCAGACACCUGCUCAUGGCCAGCCUGCUUUGAGUAGGGCUGGUCACCACUGAUUCUUAUCAAACUAGCAGAUGGAGCCCUACCUACACCUCCCUGGUGAGCUGUGCUUGGGGUAAGUGCAGGCCCAGCCUGGGGCAGAAGACAUCCUGGCAAUGGCUGUUUCAGAUGGCUUCAUAUGCUGCUACCAAUCAGUUUUCAGGGAAGCCCAACAGAGUGCCAUGCAGGGGUUCAAUCCUGCUUACUUUAUUGCCAUGUGUGACCUGUGUAAGGGGAGCGGGACUUGGCCCAUUUUUCCCUCCCUGCUCCCACCUUGACAGCUCCCAAGGCAGGGAAAUUGCAGUUUCUUUGUCACUCCUGCUCCAGGUUGGUGUUUGUUCUGGGGAAUCAUCAAAGACAAAACUGGUGACUGAUCUCCACUCUCUCCCCCGACAGGCUGAGAUGUUGCGGCUGGCUGCCCUCACCGCGCUCUUCGUGCUCUUCAGGCUGGUCCUGAAACUCUCUUGGAUCCAGGUGAUCCCUGCACUCAUCAUAUUCUACUUGGGCUCUGGGGGAUGGAAGUUCCUGCGCAUUGUCUUCAAGACAAUAAGAAGGGACAUCACCACGGGUCUAGUCCUGCUGAGGGUCAAGUGGCAGGUGUGGCGGCACGUGAGGGAGAAGAACACCAUUCCCAAGAUCUUCCAGAAGACGGUGCACAAGUACCCGGAGAAGACGGCAUUGAUCUUCCAGGGAACGGGUGAGAGCUGGACCUUCCGCCAGCUGGAUGAGUACUCCAGCCAGGUGGCCAACUACCUGUAUGAGCAGGGAUUCCGUUCCGGCGAUGUCGUGGCCUUGUUCAUGGAGUCCUGCAACCAGUACGUGGGCCUCUGGCUGGGGAUGGCCAAGAUUGGGGUGGAGGCAGCGCUUGUGAACUCCCACCUGCGCAUGGAGGCCCUGCUGCACUGCAUCAACAUCUCCAACUCCAAGGCUGUGGUUUUCGGGGCUGAGAUGAUGGAAGCCAUGCAGGAGGUUCAGCCCUCCGUGGGGAAAUCCAUUCGUCUCUUCUGCUCUGGAGAGUGGAAUCCAGAAUCCGCUCCCCCAGGCACAGAACACCUGGACCCCCUCCUAGAGACGGCUUCUCGGCACCUGCCAAGCCCUCCAAAGAAGGGCUUCCUAGAUAAACUCUUCUACAUCUACACCUCUGGCACGACGGGGAUGCCCAAGGCAGCCAUCGUGGUCAAUUGCAGGUACUAUCGCAUGGCGUCCCUGGUGUAUUACGGGUUCCGCAUGAGGCCAGAGGACGUGAUGUAUGACUGUCUCCCUCUCUACCAUGCUGCAGGUAACAUUGUCGGGAUUGGCCAGUGCCUCCUGCAGGGGAUGACUGUGGUGAUCCGCAAGAAGUUUUCAGCCUCUCACUUCUGGGACGACUGUGUGAAGUACAACUGUACGAUUGUCCAGUACAUUGGGGAGAUCUGCCGCUACCUCCUGAACCAGCCGUACCAGGAGAUGGAGCAGCAGCACCGGGUGCGCAUGGCGCUUGGGAACGGGCUGCGGAUGUCCAUCUGGAAAGAAUUCAUCUCCCGCUUCGGGAUCCCCCAAGUCGCUGAGUUCUAUGGUGCCACUGAGUGCAACUGCAGCCUCGGCAAUUUCGACAACAACGUUGGUUCCUGUGGCUUCAACAGUAGGAUCUUGCCCGGGAUUUACCCUGUCACCUUGGUGAGGGUGGACGAGGACACCAUGGAGCUGAUCCGUGGGCCAGAUGGACUGUGCAUCCGCUGUAAACCAGGGGAGCCGGGACAGCUGGUAGGACGCAUCAUCCAGAGCAACCCUCUGCUGCACUUCGAUGGGUACCUGAACCAGUCGGCCACCAGCAAGAAGAUCGGCCAUGAUGUGUUCACCAAGGGGGACUCGGUGUAUCUUACCGGAGAUGUGCUGGUGAUGGACGAAUACGGCUACAUGUACUUCCGGGACCGCACUGGGGACACCUUCCGUUGGAAGGGUGAGAACGUCUCCACGACAGAGGUGGAGGGGACUCUGAGCCGCAUCCUCCAUCUGACAGACGUCGUCGUCUACGGGGUGGAGGUGCCAGGCACCGAGGGGAAAGCGGGGAUGGCAGCCAUUGCUGACUCCAAGAAUUCCUGCAACCUGGAGAGCUUUGCCAAUGAGCUGAAGAAGGCCCUGCCCUUGUACGCCCGGCCCGUCUUCCUGCGAGUGCUGCCAGAAGUCCACAAGACAGGCACCUACAAGUUCCAGAAGAUGGAGCUGCGCAGGGAGGGAUUUGACCCCACCGUGGUGAAGGACAGGCUGUACUUCCUGGACUCCAGGCAAGGCUGCUACCUCCCAUUGGACGUGGAGGCCUUCAGGAGGAUCCAGUCAGGACAACAGAAGCUGUAGCGGCCGAGGCUCUGCAAGUCGCCUCUCAAAUCCCUCUGCUGUGUCAGGAGCAUUGGGAAGGAUGACACGAUGAGCACACGAGGGAUUGAAUGAGUUUUACAGACACAGAUGGGUGUGUUGGGCAGGUGGAGGGGGAGGUUACAUACCAAAGUAUAGAAUCAUGACAGCUUUAUUUUCUGUUUCAUACAAGGGUGGGUGCCAGUGCAGUGAGCAUUCAUCUAUGGCUGGGGAGGUGGGACCUUGGCCAGGCCAGGAUGACAGAUUGGAGAGCCCACCUUCCUCAG